CCAUGACCCUGACAAAAGGCUCCUUCAUCUACUCCAGUGGGGAGGAAUAUCGUGGCGAAUGGAAAGAGGGUCGGAGACAUGGUUUUGGUCAACUGAUGUUUGCAGAUGGUGGCACUUACCUGGGUCAUUUUGAGAAUGGGCUGUUUAAUGGCUUUGGAGUACUGGCCUUCUCAGAUGGCUCAAGGUAUGAGGGCGAGUUUGCUCAGGGCAAAUUCAAUGGUGUUGGAGUCUUCAUUCGGCACGACAACAUGACCUUUGAAGGAGAGUUUAAAAAUGGCCGAGUAGAUGGUUUUGGCCUGCUGACUUUCCCUGAUGGUUCUCACGGAAUACCCCGCAACGAAGGUCUGUUUGAGAAUAAUAAGCUACUGCGGCGUGAGAAGUGUUCGGCCGUGGUUCAGCGGGCCCAGAGUGCCUCCAAGUCCGCCAGGAACCUCACAGCCUGAUGGGGCAUGUGCAGCAGC